UCGCCUCCUGCCGUGUGGUCAGACAUGCGGUAUUCCGGGGCAGCUGCGGCUUUCAGGGGCUGCACAGGCGACUGCUCUGAACCUUGACAUGGACGGAUAAAGCCGCUGCGCCCUCCACAUCCAGCCAUGAAGGACGGAGGAGAGUCCAAGGACCAGCAGCUGACGGUCGCUCUCCGCAUCCGUCCGAUCAAUGAGAUGGAGCUGGUAGAAGGAGCCACCAUCAUCGCCCACAAGGUGGAUGAACAGAUGGUGGUCCUUAUGGAUCCAAUGGAAGACCCAGAUGACAUUCUGAGAGCCAAUCGUUCCAGGGAGAAGUCCUACAUGUUUGACGUGACGUUUGACUACUCAGCAACCCAGGACACGGUGUACCGUCUCACCACCAAAGGUUUGAUUGAAGGGGUCAUCUCGGGCUAUAACGCCACAGUGUUUGCCUAUGGCCCCACCGGAUGUGGCAAGACCUACACGAUGCUUGGCACAGACCGAGAGCCUGGGAUAUAUAUCAGGACCUUGAAUGAUCUCUUUAAAGCCAUUGAGGAGACCAGCGAUGACAUGGAGUAUGAAGUCCUCAUGUCCUACUUGGAGAUCUACAAUGAAAUGAUCCGAGACUUACUGAAUCCGGCCCUGGGCUACCUGGAUCUACGGGAGGACUCGAAGGGAGUAAUUCAAGUAGCUGGGAUAACCGAGGUGUCCACCAUUAACGCCAAAGAGAUCAUGCAGCUGCUAAUGAAAGGAAACAAGCAAAGGACCCAGGAACCCACCGCGGCCAAUAAAACCUCGUCCCGCUCUCAUGCCAUCCUCCAGGUCACGGUGCGGCAGAAGAACCGUAUCAAAAACAUCACGCAGGAGGUCCGCGUGGGACGUCUCUUCAUGAUUGACCUGGCCGGGUCAGAAAGGGCUUCUCAGACUCAGAACCGAGGUCAGCGGAUGAAGGAAGGGGCUCACAUCAACCGCUCCCUGCUGGCGCUGGGCAACUGUAUCAACGCCCUCAGUGAGCGAGGGGGCAAUAAAUACGUCAACUACAGAGACAGCAAGCUGACCAGACUCCUGAAGGACUCUUUGGGUGGGAAUAGCCGCACUGUGAUGAUCGCUCACAUAAGUCCGGCCAGCAGUGCCUUCGAAGAGUCCCGGAACACUCUCGCCUAUGCUGACCGUGCCAAAAAUAUCAAGACCCGGGUGAAGCGGAACCUCCUCAAUGUCUCCUAUCACAUUGCCCAGUACACCAGCAUCAUAGCAGACCUAAGACAUGAGAUCCAAAGACUCAAGGAGAAGAUUGAUGAGCAGGGCUUGAAGCAGAUAAGGAAUGAGAAGAGCGACAUUCGCAACAUCCAAGCUGAGGUUCAGCUCCAUACAUUACCCUAUGACAGACAGGAGAUGGACCAGCUCAGGGAGCAGCUCAUAAGGGCUUUUAGGGAACAGAUGGAGAUCCGCAAACAGCUUAUGGACCUGGAGAACAACAACAUGGAGUUACAGAUGGAGACUUCACGUCACUUCCUCAUCAUUGCCGACUGGGAGCAAGAAAAAACACGUCGUGUCCGCAAGUGGCGAGAAGAACUGAGGAGGGAAUCUUUUGGCAAAGAUGACAGUGAGAAGGACUCAGACACCGGAGAUGACCAGUCUGAUAUCAUGGAGCCGCCAGAGGUGAUGGUGGCCAGAGAGAAUGUUCACGCACUGGUAGUUGAUCAAAGCAAGCUACGUCACCAAAAGAUGGAGUUGGAGAAGCGAUUUAAAGAAAUCCGGCAACGAGCAAGAAGACUGGAAGAAAUUUUACCCAAAAGGAUCAGCUCGGAGGAACAGAGGGAGGUCUUAAGCCUUUUGUGUAAAGUCCAUGAACUGGAGAUUGAAAAUACAGAGAUGCAGUCCCACGCGUUGCUCAAAGACAACAUGAUCCGGCAGAAGAACUACAUGGUGCAGAAAUUCGAGCAACAUCGGUGCCUGUGUGAUGAGAUCAUCAAGCAGCAGAGACGCAUCAUCAUUGAGCACAACCUGACUGUUCCUCAUCGCCUGGAGGACUUGUAUGAGCUCUAUCUUCGAGAGCUGGAAGACGGCACAUUAGAUCGAAUAGCCAUAAUAGACAGAGCUUCUGUUCUGGCCCUAAAAGACAGCCAAACCUCUUUGCCGAAAAUUCCUCAGAUCACAGCAGAAGAGACAUCUCAGGAACCAGACUCAGACCAAGAGAGUGUUCGGACAUUUGGAUCAGACAGCAGGAAUCUGAAUCAAAGAGAGUCCUACAGAAGAAUACUUCCUCGACUACUGUCUGAGACAGAAAGUGAUGCAAACAAAGUGUUUAAAACAAGUCCCCGGGCCCGACACAUUAAAAACUCCACGGUGGUGACUCCACCUCCGAUACAUGUGAAUGGGAUGGUCAGCAAAGAGUCUUUUCCACGUGACAGUCUAGUGAGAAGCACCCACAUCAACUCCUCUCCUGACAGCAGUGACAAGGUGGCAUUAACCCGGAAAGAGAAAAAAGAAAUUCUGAGCAGCAUUAAAAGUAUUUCGGUAAAGGCAGCACGGAGACGUUCCCGAGCUAUAGAUGGUGACCGCCUACAACUACUUCAACCGAUGAAAGAGAGGAGUAACCUGUCGGUUCAUUCUCUGAGCGAGAGUGAGGACAAUCCUUUCAGAGAUCAGCCAAUACCAAGCUCUCCCCUCCACCAUGCAGCCAGUGAAGACAACCUCUCCACCAGCACUGGUGAGAUGGUGGUAGCCCUCGGAAGAGGAGGCCACCAACGGAGAGAUUCCCCAGGACUUUGGAACCAAGCACAAAAGAAAGGAGCCCAGAAGCUAGAGAAAAGGGAGGAGUCUUUAGAGGUUAAGCGCAGAAAGAAGAGGUCAAGGUCAUUUGAGGUCACUGGACAAGGGCUGGUGCGACCAAAGAACCAUCCUUCUCGAAAUAGAGCCCUUGAAAGCAACUCGGACCACAAGAUCCAGAGUAACAUUCCUCAGAUCAACAGCCGUGGGAAAAUCGUGCUACCUAUAGCACAGGUCAAACUUCCUCAGAACCAAUCUGGCAACAUGGCUAAAGGUGUAGACCAUCAAGGAGCAGGAUUCCAACACAACCAACCAGGCAAUGCCAAGAAGCAAAUUUCCACCAAUCAGCGGCCACGUUUUAAUUACAACACUGGAAACGCCGGUGGCAUCAGCGGGAAGGAGAUUCGGGUACGGAAAUAUUAAUAGGGUUGGGACGUACCUAUGAGUCCAAUACAAUGACAUCUCUGGAACCUUUUGACCAGUGAACUUUUUGCGGAAGGUGAAAGUGACAGCAAAGCCUUUUGUCACCGGUGUGAACAUUGUAUUUCAGAAGGUAGUUUCACAACCUGUCUCUUACCUUGUGCUAUGGGCACACCAAUUAACGACCUACCCGAAUCCCACUUUGGUACUAGUGGAGACUCAUACUUGCUGCUAUGUAGACCUUCUGUUCCAUAGAGUGCCUGCUUCUCCUUGGAUAUCACAAUAAUUUUCAGGCAAAGUGAAUAAUUUAUACAAACACCUCAAAUUUAUCAAAUUCUUGUUCUUUGUAGAUUUAUUGUAAAAUUUGUGUGUUUUUAUUUUAUUUUAUUAUCUCUGGAUUAUUCUACAUGGAGUGCUGUAUUCUGCCAGCUCAGAACGCACCAGGACAAAGGCGUUGACCUUCGUUAUUGGGCACAAUGGGCAUUAUGGUAUUUCCACAAGCAGCAACUUUCUCCUGCUGUGAGCCUCCAUGUUUGGGAGAGCACACGAUCCAAGAUGAUGCCAUUGAGCAUUUCAUAUAUGCAAUGGACUAAGGAGAAGACGAUUGAACUACUGGGGAUAGUGCGGACAACCAUUUGCUGAAUACCUCUGCAGGGUCUAGGAAACCUUGGUACUAUGCAAAUUUACUAGAACUUUGCUAUGAAACGUCUACUUUUUUGGUCAAAGUUGAUAUCGAAGAGAGUGAAAAAUGGAUCAUAAUAAUAAUCGGCUGGUCUGAUAUAGGUUUACGCGAAUUCUGACCCAAUUUAAUCUUGUUUGUGGUUUUUGGCCCACAAGAAGGGGCCAAAUCUCAUAGAAGGGCAGCAUGUACUACAAUGGGAAUGGUUUGGCAAUAAGGAUUUUACAGUCACUGGAUGGAUCUGGUCCAGUGUAUCUCUGUAACAUCAUUUGCUACUAGUAAAGCCUGAAUAUGACAUGGACAUUGUUAGGCCCAGGCAACUAGAGCCUUUACCUGACCUAAACCACCCUAGGCCACCAGGGAUAUUAAUAUCACUCUGUAAACUACCCUACACCACCAGGGAUAUUUUGGAUUAACUCCUAAACCAACCUAUACCAAAAAUGCCUAGGUAUUGUCUUGGUAUAAAUGUAUUUAAUGGAGGUCUGGUAGAUAUAGGCCUGGGAAGAAGUAAGGUAUGGUGAUAGUAUGGUGAUAUGUACUGCAGUUGGUGUGGUUUAACAAUACUUACAGCACUUACAAUACAAAUUGUUAUGGUCCAAAAUUCAACAUGUGACUUAUAUUUCCAUCCCAAAUGAGCAGGGAAUUUCCAGGUAUACCACCAGGGAUUUACUGAAUUAGAGCAUAAACCACCCUAUACCACCAGGGAAUUUCUGGAGUAAACUCCACCAAAAGUAUUAAUAUUAACACUUAUACCACCCUAUACCACCAGGGCCUUUGAUGGUAACAUUAAUCUUAACAUCUAAACCACCCUAUACCACCAGGGAUUUUCUGGAUUAGUCUCUGAACCACACUGUACCACCAGAAGUAUUAAUAAACCUCACUAAAUAUCUAGGGACAAUAUGGAUUAGACCCUAAAUCACACUAGACCUGCUGCUUGAAAACCCCUCACCCAGUCCUCAGUGAACUAUUACAUUGCACCCAUUAAAAUCAAUAAACCGGCUAUGUCAUACAUGAGUGGAGUGGUUUCUCCAGUCCAUUUAAAGGGCAUCUGUCAGCAGUUUUGUACCUAUGAAACUGACUGACCUGUUACAUGUGCGCUUAG